AUGAUUGCCACUGAACCUCCACAGAUCUUUGUCAUCUUCGAACACAGCAGUCUGCCAGCAAACCCCAGCAUUUCACAGCUCGCGAUCGUCACAGUUUCCUGUGUGGUGUGGACUUUGUGAGUUUGAUCAGGAGGAGUACACACUGUCAAGACUCUUCUGGCGACUGACUCAAAGACAAGCAGCAGAUCCAGUAAUCCUCCCCCCCCCCAAAAAAAAAUGUCAAACCCAGUUGUCUCCCAGCAACCAGGUGCAGGCGGCUAUGGGACAAAUGUCCAAACAGGAGAGUGGAGCACAGGCCUGUGUGACUGCUGCAGCGAUUUGCUUGUCUGUGCCCUCGGCUUUUUCUGCCCAUUGGCACUGGGCUGCUACACAGCGGAUAAAUAUGGAGAAAACUGCUGUUUGGGCUGUCUGCCAGGAGGAUUAACAGCCAUGAAGACGCAUAUGAGACUGACCUAUGGUAUUCAGGGAACUGUGUGCAACGACGCCUUGAUGUCCUGCUUCUGUGGACUUUGUGACUUGUGCAGGAUGGCUCGAGAAAUCCGUAUCAGGAAUGGAGAAGUUUAACCAAACCCAGACACAAAAACAGAUUCCGUACCUGCUCCUUUCAGUAUUUUUCCUGUUUGGUGAUGAUGUCGUGCUUAUGUGGACAUCAUUUGUUUAUUUUAAUGCAGACAACAGUUAAAAUAUGCCAAUCAAUGUAUUAAAUGUAAUAUUUUUCUUUACUGUGUGUGGCCAUGCAACCAUGUGACAGACUGUUCCUACAAUGCAAGCAUUCUGUGUAAAUAAAUCACCUCAAUUGUGCACAGCCUAAGUGAUGAGAUUUGAGCAUGAUGUCAAUAAAAAUGUGAUUGUUCAA